AUGUCUGUUUUACAACUGGAAGAGAACAAGAAAUCUCCGAAGAAAAGGUAAACCAAUCAAACUAACUUCAACAAUGGUAGAGUAUUAAACACUUGAAUGAAUGAUGACUUCACUUGGUGUGUAGAACUAGUAUGGUGUGUUGGGUUUAUAAUCCAAGUGAGUACAUUCGCAAUUUAAGACCUGACCAGGAACGAUUGCAGAAAAUGCAACACUAGGUUCUGUGGUAUUAAAAAAUCGAAUCCAUAGCCUUGUGAUUCCAGAAAAAUUGAUAUAGUUUGUUUACAUUUAUAUUCACUGUUUCUAGCAUGGUAUGGUCAAAGGCAAAAGAGCUAAUCCUACUGAAAGAAAUUGCAGCAGAAGGUGUUAUGUCAAAUAAACCCCGGUCCAGAGAGCGUGGUAUGCAGUGGCAAAGAAUUUCCGAUAACAUCACUGCACUAGGGCAAGGAGUCACAUCACGGGCAAUCAGAGAUCACUACAAUGUGAUGGCAAAAAAGUAUAGGGCAAGAAUGGCACAAGAAGAAAGAUCAACGGGUGAAGGUGGUGCUGAACUGACAGAGGCUGAAAGUUUGUUGGAGGAAUUGAUCCAUAUUGAAGGGGAGAUGGAAAGACAGGUUGAAAAUGAAAAUGAAGAAAACCAACAAAGGAUUGAACAAGAGCGAGGUCAGGCACUGGAGAUGAGAGAACGGGCAAUGGAGACACUUGGACAAACUAGGAAGAGGACAAAAGAGGAGAAGGUCAGGAGACAUGAUGAAAUGGUUGCAAGAAAGGGUAGAGUUGGAGAAAGAAGAUAA